AUGUCGCCUGAAAGCCUCUCGUAUUACCCCGAACUCAUGCUGAAAUGUGCCGGUUUGCACCCCUAUUCGAGUCUAAAAAUCGUUAAAUUUUGCUACCACCACUAUCUCAACUACUUUUUUUUCAUUUUUCUUCUAUUUUUGGCUAUUCUAGAAGUGGGAAUUUCAGUCAAAAGUGACAUUUAUCGGGCCAUUGAAGGGCUCUCUUCAGUCUUAUUCAUGACUCUUACACUCUUUCGCUACGCCGUCAACUACCGCAACAAACCCUCCCUUGCAUGGUUGCUGAAAAACCGUUCCAAAUUCUGGCAUUUAUCCCAAUUCCAAGGCGCAAUUCGCAUGGAAUGUGCCAAAAUAAUGACCACAAGUGCGAAUUUCAUCCGAAAUUACAAGAAUUAUGCUCUGGUUUUGGCCGCGAUUUUCUACAUCCAACCUUUCAUUUUUCAUGAACUCCAGAUGAAAAUCUACGUUCCUGAAGGCUGGUUUUACUACCUCUAUGUGGUUUAUUGGUACAUGACGCCUCCUUUGUUCGUCAGUGUCUACGGAGUCACUUCUAUGUUUUGCGCGAUUUGUAUUCCGGUCACAAUCCAGUUCAAACUUUUGGCACACCGAUUCCAAAAUUUCGACUUUAACGAUGCCAAAAAACUGAAACAUUUGGUCGAUUAUCACAAUUUCUUGAUUGAGUAUUGCACGAGAAUUAAUAGGUACUCGAAUGGAGUUCUUGUUUUCGAGUUUUUUAUCACGAUUUCGGUCUGUUGCAUCUUGAUUUUUAUUGCUACCAAUGAUUAUCCAUUAGUUGAUAAAAUAAAGUAUUCGGGAUUUAUUGUGAGCCAGUUUCUCGACACUGCGAUUUUUUGCUACAAUUGCGAACUUAUCUCGGAGGCUUCUGAAAAUGUCGGUAAGGCAGUUUACGACUCGUUAUGGUACGAAUCCGAGAGUGAAAUUCGUCGAAAUUUGCCUUUGGUCAUUGCACGUGCCCAAAAAAAGGUGACUUUUAGUGGCUAUGGACUCGUCUGGAUCAAUAUGACGACAUUCACACAAGUUUUCAAAGCGACUCUUUCGUUUACCAGUUAUCUAAAUACAGUGACUGUUGACGAAAAAACUGCUAAAUAA